AUGGCUAUUGAUGAAAACACAUCGAAUUCCACAAAUCCGGCCUUGGAUUCAACAAAUCCACUUUACAUGCAUCCAUCUGAGAGCACUGGUUCUGCACUUGUACCGGGAUUGUUCGACGGAUCUGGCUAUAGCUCGUGGAGAAGAGGAGUACUGAGAGCUCUCUCAGUGAAGAACAAGGUAGGAUUUAUAAAUGGAAAAUGCGCGAAGCCAAAUCCUCAGGACCUUAGGUAUGAUCAGUGGGAACGCUGCGAUGACAUGGUCACAUCGUGGAUCCUGAACUCUAUCUCAAAGGACCUGGCGGAUAGCCUACAAUAUGUCAAUAAUGCUCAGGAGCUGUGGAAAGAACUUGAGGACAGAUAUGAUCAAACAAACGGGGCAAAAUUAUAUCAAUUGCAAAGGGAGAUAAACGAUUUGAGCCAAGGAAUCCUAGAUAUCACUGGGUACUACACCAAAAUGAAGAAGCUUUGGAAAGAACUAAACAUGUUGAAUUCACACACUCAAUGCAGAUGUAAUUGCACAUGUGGUGCUAAGGCGAGUAUGCAGAAAGCUGAGGAAGACAGAAGAUUGAUUCAAUUUCUAAUGGGACUUAACGAGGUUUAUACUAUAGUCAGGGGAAGCAUCUUAAUGAUGAAUCCAUUACCCUCUCUCGCACAAACUUUUUCAAUCCUUAUUAAAGAGGAGAAACAAAGAGAGGUCAAACCAAACAACCAACUUGUAAUUGAGUCCACUGCUUUGAGUGCCAACAAAUCAGGAGGGAAUCACUUCAAGACAAGCUUUGGUCAACAGACAAAUGUUGCUGACUAUGGAGGUUAUGUGAACCACAAUCAACAGGGAAAUAGAAGUGGAUAUAACAAUUACAGAGGAGGACAAUUUGGGAAUAGAUCACGACCUUUCUGUGAUUUUGCAAGAAGCCAAGCCACAUCAAGGAAAGAUGCUAUAAGUUGCAUGGUUACCCUCAAGACUCAAGGUUCAAUAAGGGAAAAAGGAUUGCUGCUGACGUUGAUGGAGGUCAAGGAGAAAGUGUGA